UUAACCUUCCUAAGAGAAGAAGGUGUGAAAAUCCAUCACGGUGUUGAUGCCACGGACUUGGUUCUGUCUCUCAAAUUAGGCACAAAGAAAACACAACCCAAAUUAUUCGAACCACGCCAGAAACUCGACUACAUUAUGUUCAACUUUCCUCAUACCGGUAGAGGUAUGAAAGACGUUGAUAGAAACAUCCGUGACCAUCAAAAAUUGGUUUUAGGCUACUUCAAGAGUUGUAAGGAAUUAUUAGAGUUGGUGAAUAACGACAUCUCAAAUGAUUUUGGAGGCUACACAGAAUCUGAAAAGAAUUCAGGACUGAAGAUUAUCUUAUCUCUUUUUGAAGGAGAGCCAUACAUUUCUUGGGGAGUAAAAUCACUUGCCAGAAGUGUAGGAUAUUGUGUUGAACGUUCUGGUGCUUUCUUGUGGACUGCUUUUGAAGGGUAUCACCACAAGAGGACCAAUGGAUUGAGAGAUACCACAAAACCAGCCGCGGAAAGGGAUGCCCGCAUCUACCUUAUCAACAAAUUCGAGAAUAGGAAUGUGAAGGAAGAGAAAAAACGUCCCGAAUCAGACGCUGACGAUGAUUAA